UAAAAUUUUAUUUACAAAAUUAAAAUUGAAAUAACGAUAAAUAACAAGAUUAGCGUGUUUAAUUGUGAAAUUGUAAUGAACUCUGUAAGUUAGUAAUUAUUUGAAAGUCAUAUUAUGUCCGAGAAAAAAGGCAAAGAUGGCAAUAAAGCCCCGGAUCCUAGUGCGUUUAUGAAGGAUUUCAUCGCUGGCGGCGUUUCAGCUGCGGUAUCAAAAACAGCCAUGGCACCUAUGGAACGAGUGAAGUUAAUUUUACAAGUGCAACAUGUCUCUAAGCAGAUACCUGAAGAUAAACGCUACAAAGGAAUCGUCGAUGCCUUUAUUCGUAUACCUAAAGAGCAGGGCCUGGGAUCUCUAUGGCGAGGGAAUAUGGCAAACGUGAUUCGGUACUUUCCCACACAGGCGUUAAACUUUGCUUUCAAAGACGUGUAUAAAAAGAUAUUUCUCGAGGGAGUUGAUAAAAAUACUCAAUUUUGGACAUAUUUCGCUGGUAAUCUGGCUUCUGGUGGUGCUGCAGGUGCAACUUCUCUGUGCUUUGUGUAUCCACUAGAUUUUGCACGAACCAGGUUAGCAGCGGACGUCGGCAAAGGAAAAGCGAAAGAAUUUAAUGGUCUUGUUGACUGUUUAAUGAAAACCUUAAAAACUGAUGGGCCUUUGGGCUGGUAUAGAGGUUUUGUCGUGUCCGUGCAGGGUAUUAUAAUUUACCGUGCGACCUAUUUUGGAAUGUAUGACACUGCACGUGGAAUGAUGACUGAUACGAAAAAUACAUCACUUUUCGUUACCUGGUUGAUUGCACAGACGGUGACGACAAUUGCCGGCAUCGCUUCGUACCCACUGGAUACGGUGAGACGGCGAAUGAUGAUGCAGUCUGGUAGACCGGCGCACGAACGCAUAUAUAAAAAUACUCUACACUGCUGGGGAGUCAUCCUCAAAACAGAAGGGCCUGGUGCGUUCUUUAAAGGGGCAUUUUCAAAUGUUCUGAGAGGCACCGGUGGAGCAUUUGUAUUAGUGUUGUACGAUGAAAUCAAGAAACUGCUUUGAUAUCAAAUGGCUAGGUACUUGGAUUUAUUAAAAAUUGAUUGCCCGGUGAUUCUUUUGAAGUGUGUUUAGAAGCAUACGUAUUGUGCACUUAAUAAAUUGAAAUUAAUUUUAUA